UGUGGCGGGCGGGCGGCCGGGGCGAUGAGGCGGCGGGGCGCGGUGCAGCGGAAGGUGCCGUGUCUGUUCGUGACCGAGGUGAAGGAGGAGCCGUCGGCCAAGCGGGAGCGCCAGCCCUUUAAAGUUUUGGCAACUGAAGCUAUAACCGGGAAGGCGUUAGAGGCAGAUAUAUACAAUGCAAUCCCUACUGAAAAGGUGGACGGAACCUGCUGUUACGUAACUACCUAUACAGGGCAACCCUAUCUAUGGGCCAGGAUGGAUCGAAAACCCAACAAGCAAGCUGAAAAAAGGUUUAAACGAUUCUUGUAUUCAUUGGAAGAUUGCAAAGAAUUUGUUUGGAAUGUUGAAGAGGAUUUCAAGCCUGUUCCAGAUACCUGGAUUCCAGCAAAGGACAUAGAGUUCUGUAAUGGCAAUCCUUUGCCCGAUGAGAAUGGACAUAUGCCAGGUUGGGUGCCUGUGGAGAAAAAUAGUAAGCAGUAUUGCUGGCACUCAUCUGUUGUAAAUUACGAGGCUGAAAUAGCGCUGCUAUUGAAACACCAUGCUGACCCAGGGCUUCUGGAAAUCAGUCCAGUGCCGUUAUCGGAAAUUUUAGAACAAACAUUGGAGCUUAUUGGGACUAAUAUUAAUGCAAAUCCAUAUGGAUUAGGAAGCAAGAAGCAGCCUCUACAUCUUCUUGUACCACAUGGAGCAUUUGAGAUAAAGAAUCCACCUACUUUGAAACAAACUGACAUAGUGUCUUGGUUUGAAGGCUGCAGUGAGGGUAAAGUUGAAGGAAUUGUGUGGCACUGCCGUGAUGGGUGUUUAAUCAAGCUCCAUCGCCAUCAUCUUGGUUUACACUGGCCACUUGCAGAGACAUACCUGAAUUCUCAGCCUGUUGUAAUUUCUUUUAAUAGAACUAAAUAUGACUGUGACUUUGAACCAAAGAGUUUGUUUCACCGUUUUUCAAACUUGGAUGGUCAAAGAUUUGACAGACUCAAAGAUAUCAAGUUUGAUGCUUGAAAUGAUUUUUCUCUUUUAAGUAAGUUAAUUGUUUUAUGUAUGUGCUGCGUUCCUCUUACUUGUGUCUACCACAGAACUCUUCACAAAUAAUCUUCUAGCUUAGGCAGCAGGCUAGGUACUGUAUCAUUUUAAGUUUUUCCAGAAUGACUGAUUUUAUAUAAUGAGAGAUCUGACACCCAGAGCUGAGAUCUAGCUUUCAGCAUGUUUAUUUGAGUUCUGAAAAAUCCUUAACUUCUGAAGCCAUUUCUGGAAACUGUUAUAGUUAAGUGUUAAGAAGUAUGUUGUCUAUCACUGGCUGGUCCUAAUAGCUUAGCUAAUGAAUGCAAUCAACUGUCAAAAUUCCAUAGGUUGCACUUUUAUAAAUAUUUUGACACUGUUAUAUGUAGGAUUCAGACUUAGUAUCUAGUUGUUUCUUAACAGUAAAGGACAUAUUUCAGGUGGGACCAGAAUCAGUCCUGAAAUUUGAUAUUUUCUUUUAAUUUUGGGGGAAAACUUUUCACUGUAUUAUUGAACUGGUAAGCUGCAGCAUUACGCUAUUACUUGAAAACCUAAUUAAGCUAUAUCCUACAGGUACUUCCACUAUUUUGGGACAAAAAGAGUAAAUAAUAGAAAGUAUACUAGUUCUAUUUUGGAGAUGCUUAGUAAUUAGAGAGAUACAUGGCUUAAUAUACCUAUUUUCAGACCAUCUCAAUGAGGAAACUUCAUCGAGGGCAUAUUAAGUAAGAUGGCAUAUAAAUAAUAAAGGUGAGAAAGCAUGAUUAUUUGAGUUGGCUUUAUUUUAUCUGUGCUAUAAAAGUAUACAUCCAGCUAUAUAAAGUAUACAAAAUGAAAAAUCAUUUAUCUACAAAAAUACCAUUAAUUUGCCUGAAAUACUAUAACUUUAUUUUCAAUUCUUUGUUCUUGGAUUUUCUAAAAUUGAGGUAAAAAUAACCAGGGAUGUAAGAACAGACAUCCAGCACGAUGACCCUGAGUCCGUAGUUUAAGAAGUAUGAUAGCACGAGACAGCAAGAACAAAUUACAUAUUCUUAUCGAUCUGGAACUUAGCAUACUUAGCACAUUUUAAGAGUUUCUCAAUUUUAGGGUAAGUCAGUCCAAGGUUUCAACUUCACCUGGCACCUGUGUAUUACCCAUCCUACUAUUCUGAAUUAAAAUAUUGCAAAGGAGUUGGGAGAGGUAAAACUCACUUUUAUUUUGACUGGUGUAUAUAAAUACUGACCAUAAUCUGUUGACUAAUCCAAUUCUGCACUCUUAGGUAUGUGCCAAACUAUUGUAACUUUAAUAGACUUGUAUCAUUCCAAGAUAAAACCAGACAAAUAAAUCAAUAUUAUGUAA